AUGACUCCCUCCGCUUUGGAACAUGAGGAUGUCGCACGCGAUGCUGCCUUCAACAAGGUCCUCCACGGCAAGUCGGCCAAGGCCAAUGGUGGUCUCGCUGCUAUGCGCGGAAAGGAUGCCACCGCUCAGAAGGCUGCUAUAGAUGAGUACUUCAAGCACUGGGACAAUCAAGCUACCGAUGAGACAAAUGCGAUUCGCGAGGCCCGGAAAGCGGAGUACGCAACUCUGACCCGACACUACUACAACCUUGCAACCGACUUUUACGAGUACGGAUGGAGCACCUCAUUUCACUUUUGCCGAUUCGCCUACGGUGAGCCUUUCCACCAGGCCAUCGCCCGCCAUGAGCAUUACCUUGCCCUACAGGCUGGUAUCACCAAGGACAUGAAUGUUCUAGAUGUCGGUUGUGGUGUUGGUGGUCCCGCACGCGAGAUAGUCAAGUUCACCGGUGCCCAUAUUACCGGUUUGAAUAACAACGACUACCAAAUCGACCGCGCCACCUACUACGCCCAAAAGCAUGGUCUUUCGGAUAAGAUGGUAUUCGUUAAGGGCGACUUUAUGCAGAUGAAGUUCCCCGAUAACAGCUUCGAUGCUGUGUAUGUGAUCGAGGCUACCGUCCACGCUCCCGAACUUGAGGGUGUUUAUAAGGAAAUCUUCCGAGUUCUAAAGCCUGGUGGUAAAUUUGCAGUCUAUGAAUGGUUCAUGACUGACGAUUACAACAACGAUGACCCCGAGCACCGUCGUAUCCGUCUAGGUAUCGAGCAGGGGGACGGAAUUUCGAACAUGGUCAAAGUUUCUGAAGGCCUGACUGCGUUCCGUAACGCCGGUUUUAGCUUGCUUCACCACGAGGAUAUGGCUGCUCGUCCUGAUCCUAUCCCCUGGUACUACCCGUUAGCGGGCUCCUUCAAGCACAUAGGUUCCGUCUGGGACUUUUUCGUUAUCGCUCGUAUGACCUGGUGGGGCCGUGGCAUUGCUCAUCGUUUUAUCGGUGCUGGUGAGACUAUCGGCCUCUUCCCGAAGGGCUCACAAAAGACUGGGGAUAACCUCUCUUUGGGUGCUAAUUGCUUAGUCGAGGGUGCUCAGAAGAAAUUGUUUACCCCAAUGUACCUUAUGGUCGGCCAGAAGCCCGAGUGA